AUGAAUGCCGGCGUGAUCGGGACUCUCCUGCAUCAGCUGCCCUACCAGUUCCCAGGUCUGCAUGUGCUCUCGACGAUUGCGUUUACCACUGACCUGGUCCUCUACGUCGUCUUCUCGGCCAUAUACAUUCUACACUUUGUCGUGUUCCGGCGGCAAGCCUACCAGGAACUCGUCGACAACGUGAUGGACCUAUUACUGUUCCCGUGCUGGUCGAUCGCCUUCAUGACGCUGGUGUCGUUCGUCACCCUCACCGUGAGUGAGGCGCCAUGGGGAGGCCAUGCAUUCACCGUCGUCGCAUGUGUCAUGUGGUGGAUCGCCGCCACCUGGAGCGUUGGCAUGUUGUUCUUCGUCUUCUCCAAUCUGAUCCACCAACACACCAUACUGGAUCGCCAGCUCCCGACCCUCAUCAUCAUCCCCGCCGUCGGAGUGGCCACACUGGCAGCCGUCGGCGGCGUCUUCUCGUCCUUCGCCCACAGUGUGUCUCCAGGGCUUGCCGUUCCAGUCAUCGUCAUGUCCAUGUGUGCGCUCGGGGUGGGAAUCUUCCUGGGCAUGAUUCUGUACACGUAUCUGCUUCAUCAGCUCCUUGCAAAGGGCUGGCCGGCGCCGCCCAUGACAGCCACUCUAUUCAUCCUCGUGGGUCCCAUGGGCCAGUCGGCCGCAGCCCUACAAUUGCUGGGGUCAGCGGCCAGCACUCACAGCCAGUUCCGGGGUUACGACCGGGGCGUGUUCCUGACAGAGGCAGCAGCGGGUUCGCUCCAGGUGACUUGCAUAUUCCUAGCACUCCUGAUGACCGGCCUCGGCGCAGUGUUCCUGGGCUUCGCCAUCAUUGCCAUGUUCCAUCGUAUCCUCAACGGCGAGCUCACCUGGGCGCCGACGUGGAACGCCAUCAUCUUCCCAACGGGCACCCUCACGACGGCGACCCUGCUCCUGGGCACCGAACUGGACUCUGCGUUCUUCAAAGUCGUCACCGUCGUCCAGGUCAUCUUUUUGAUACUCGUCUUCUUCGUCAACGCCGCCUACACCUUGCAAAAAAUCUACAGAGGCGAACUCCUUUUCGUAAAGGAGGAUCCAAGGCUUAACCCGGCCGGGCUAGCGGAAAAACCAAAAGUGACAUAG